AUGUCUCCACCAGCCGUAUAUGAUCCUGAUGAUCAAGUUCCAUUAUUCUUUAUACAAAAUUUUCGUCGCUAUGAGAAAAUUUCUCGAUCAGGUCCAAAAGCACCUGUAGGAGAAUUUUCAGUCAUCAAUGAUGAUGAUUCAAAAAUUGAUAAUCCAUUUGCCGUUGGUCGACUCCGAUAUCCAUCUAUUAAAUCAGCUAUUGCUGAAUCAAUCUAUCGAAUUGGAUUCGAACGUAAUUCAGAUAUCGUCAUUGGUGGUACCUAUGCUCCAGUUCUUCAAAAUAUUGAUAGUACACAAUGGACACCAAAUUUAAUUGUCUUUAAUAGUGAUUUAGUUGUUAAAUCAACUCCAUAUCUUGCUCAAGAAAUGUUUGGUGAAAAUCUUGGUAAUAUUCUUCUCAAGUCUACCGCUACUAAUGGUACUAUUACUCAUCAAUCUGUAAAAAAAGGAGAAGAAGGAGAUAGUAAAUUUGGUAAUCUUUAUUUUGUUGCAACGAAACGUACCAAUGAUAAUACACUAAUCGUUAAACUUGCAAGUAUAGAUUCAAAUGAUAUUGUUGUUAAAAUUCAAAUUCAAGAUUCAACCACAUCAUCUAAAGGUCUUGCUUAUAUUUUAACAGCUGGCCCGGGUGUCGUUUCUUCAACAGUUCAUAAUACUAUCUCUAUUCCAAAUGCUGCACCCUUACUCUUUAAUUUCAUUUUCUAA